UUCUGGAUUUUCAGGUAGACCAAUGAUUUUCAAAUGGUCUCUUCUAGAUUGGUUUUCUAGAUCAGUCAUUUUCCCAAUGAGAUAUUGCAUGUUUCUUCCUAUUUUGCCAUUCUUUUGACUUUGCUUUAUUAAUUCUUGCUGUCUUGUGAGAUCAUUAGCUUCUACUUGCCCAAUUUUGGUCUUUAAUGACUGGUUUUCAGCUAUGUUUUUUUAAUUUUCCUUUUCGCUUUGGUCUGUCCUGCUUUUCAUGGCUUCCAGCAGGUUAUUUCUAGUCUUCAAUUUUGUUAUCAUUUCAUUUGAUUUCUGGGCUUUUUCCAAGUGGGAAAUUCUGUAUUUUAAACUGUUAUUUUCUUUUUGAACUAUUUCCCACUUUUCUUGCCAAGUUUCUCCUAACAUUUUAACUUGGUUCUCAAAUUCUAGCCUAAUUUCAUAGAGAGCUUGUGACCAAUUCCUUUUUUUUUAAGUUUGGAUGUGUUUGCCUUUUUGUCAUCCUCUGCUAUCUCCUCUGUAGUCUGUUGUUUUCUUAAGUAAGAAUCAAAGGCUUUUUCUUAAUUUUUUUUUGUUGUUAUAGAUUGUAGUUCUUGGGCGUUAUUGGCCAUUGCUUUGUUGGAUUUUCCUUCACUUCUCAGCCAGAAGUCUGAGUGAGGAGGGCAGGUUCUCUGUGUAUUGAGCUAUAGAGUGGUUUUUGCCCUGAGACUAUUUUUUUCAGUCUCCACAACAUCUUCUGUGUGCCACCCCUCUCUACUCUAUCUCUGCCUCCAAGCUCCACGUUCCUCACCCUCCUGGGGUCCUAAGUUUUGCUGCUUAGGGUUAAGUCUGUGGUGUCCUCAUCCAGCCCUUUAGAACAUAGAGAUUGCCCAACACAAGUCUGAGUGAGGAGGGUAGGCAAGUCUUUGUAUUGAGCUCCAGAAAUAUUUUUGCUUUGAGGCUAUGGCAUUUGCUAUGUGCCACCCCUCUCUGCUCUAUCUCUGAGCAAGCUUCAUGUUCCUCAGCCCCCCGGGGUCCUAAGUCUUGCUGCUUUUAGGGAUAUUCUCGGAACUGAAGAUCUUCCUGCAGAUACUCCUACCAACAAUGGUGUAAGAUUUUACCCUUGGACCAUUGAUAACAAAUACUAUUCUGCAGACAUCAAUUUGUGUGUGGUGCCAAAUAGAUUCCUUGUCACAGCUGAAAUUGCAGAGACUGUCCAGGCAUUCAUUGUUUACUUCGACAGCACACUAAACUCUAGUCUUGACAGUGUUUCAGCAUGGCUUCCAUUGGCAGAAGCAUGGCUACCAGAAGUGAUGAUCUUGGUUUGUGACAGAGUAUCUGAAAAUGGUGUAAGCCGACCAAGAGCUCAAGAAUGGUGCAUUCAACAUGGCUUUGAAUUGGUAGAACUUAAUCCAGAGGAAUUACCAGAGGAAGAUGAUGACUUCCCAGAGUCUACUGGAGUAAAGAGAAUUGUACAAGCCUUGAAUGCCAAUGUAUGGUCGAAUGUGGUAAUGAAGAGUGAAAGAAAUCAAAGUUUUGGCCUUCUCAGUUCAUUGGCUGGUGCAAACUGUAACAUUGGGUCAACUGAAAACCAUCACACCGAACCUUGUAUGCCAGUAGGAGAUAGGGCUGAAAGCUGCUUUGACCAUCAAGAUAGUGCUUCUAACACAGCUGAUGCCCAAGUCGAUAGCAUUGUGGACCCCAUGUUAGACCUGGAUAUCCAAGAAUUAGCCAGUCUCACUACUGGAGGAGGAGAUCUGGAAAAUUUUGAAAGACUAUUUUCCAAACUAAAAGAAAUGAAAGACAAAGCAGCGACUUUGCCUCAUGAACAAAGAAAGUUGCAUGCAGAAAAGGUGGCCAAAGCAUUCUGGAUGGCAAUUGGUGGAGACAGAGAUGAGAUUGAAGGCAUUUCUUCUGAUGAAGAAAAUUGAGCUCCUUGUGUCUGGUUUACCAAGAUGGUAACAACACACUUUUAGUUGUGUUAAGGGUUGUCAGGCACUUGGGACACCGCAGGGGUGGGAGAAGACAGACACAGCCCAAAAAAGAGUUCCUCCCUGUCCUUGCUGUUGGGGAGCAGUGGCAAGGAAGCAAGUGAUUACAAUUCCUUCAGGGACAUUUAGGGUCUUCAAGAAGUAGCCAAAGCACUGGUUUAACUGUUAGAUCACUUAGGGCCUUCCCACCAAGGUACCCUCCUUGGGUGUGGAAACCCAGAGAGGAAAGCUUAAGCUCUGUCCAGGAUUUAAAUGCUUCCUACCAGACAAACUCUGGCCUUAUAGCUCUAAUUAUUUCUCAUAGCAUACUGAUAUAUGCUGUUGAAAGCUGUAAGGGCCCAAGGCCACAAGUUUUACCUCUGACCUCACACCCCACAUGCCAUAGUGACCAUAGGGGAAAGGAGCAAACCACAUAAGCCCCUCCCUGCUGUGGCUUAAGCCCCCAGCCUCCAAGGAGCUCUCAGGCUGCUCUCAAGCUUCCCUCUCCCUGCCCCCUCCCAGGCUGGUUUCCAACUGCCUUCAAGUCAUACAUACAUGUGUUCUUUCUACUUCUUGAGCCCCUCACCAUUCCUCAUGGAAUUGCAAUCACUCCUUCCCAUCCACUUGUGGGAUGGUAAAGAAUAGAGGAAAAAACCAUCCCUUACAAAGGACAGCUGUAUCUUUCUUCCCUCUUAUCCCCACAGCAACAAAAGUCAUGGCACUUCCUGGAUGGACCUUGUUUUGUUUUGCUGAGAUUCCCAUCAUCAUGUUGGCCAUUUAGCCAGCCUAAAGGGCUGAUUGUUGGUCUUAGUAGUCAUUUACAUAGUCUAUCAUAAAGGAAUGAAGAGUAUGACCAUUAGAAGUAAGCCUCCUCCAGAUUUACUUGUUUUUCUCUGGGAGUGAGAAUUAGCUACAAAAGCUCUUGCCCUUGGAAAUGAGUCAGGCCACAAUGGGCUUUCCAUACCGUUAUGACAACAGUCCCUGUGUUUCUGUUGAGUUAGCAUUGCUCUUGAGUUUAUCUCUUCUCACUUCCUCAGCUGGUUUUCAAGAACCAAGCUAGCCUGAGACAUGAUGCCUUCUUUCUGUGAGAAAAGAAAGGAGGCCGCAUGUUAUUUUGGCAGUUAAAUGGAAGGUACCUUUGACCUUAUCAAGUGAGUCUCUAAAUGCAAAUUAACAGAAAUGUGUGGACUCUGCCUUUGAAAUGUUCACUCCUUAUGACUAACUGAUUUCAUGCUAGGAAGCCUGCCUUGGGCAAAGUGGGUUUUAAUAGUGCCAAAAAUGAGGCAGAUAUCAUUCAAUAUCCAAGGAAGGAAUAGCCUUCACAACUGUUGUGUUUAUGUGAGAGAGACACAACUCCUGAAUUUAAAAGAGUAUAAGAACAGUGUUAUGAACAAUAGGUGCCCCAGUACUUUCAGAGAGGUCAAAUGGAAUCACAACAGGUAUUUUAGUAUUUCCCCAUGUAGAUCAUCUCCAUCUACUGAUGUCACCCCAUACAUGCUUAUAAGCAAAUCAAGUGUCCCAUUCUUUCUGGCUCAGACUGGUAACAGUGGAUGGUAUAGAGGAGGUAGUUUUGCAACAACAACAAAAAACAAAAACAAAUUCAUACUGCGGGCCUUGGCAUUUCCUAGGAACUUUCCAUAAAUAGCAGCUUUUAGUGCCCCUUUGCUUUCUGUCCUGAGAAAAGGGCUAAUUGAAUGGAGCAAUACUGAAGGGAAAUAUCCCAAAGAAAUAGCCCAGAGAGUUCAUGAAAUCAUUUUCAGAAAGGCUGCUUUUGUGAAUUAUUAUUGGUGUGGGAGAGUAGUGGGUCUCACAGGCUACAGGCUGGAAUUAAAAGACAAAGAGGUUUGCUGGUGAUGAUGGCCCAGAUUUCAGGCGUAUCAUAGGAGGUCCAGGCCUGAGACAAUUCCAGAGGUGAACACAACCUAGCAUCUAGGGAAAAGCUAGGCUUGACCACAAACAGGAAUGAGUCUGAUCCUCCCACAUCCUCUCACAAGUCCUACAGAAGCUGAAAUGAGGAGCAGUAAGAACAGGACAAUCCAAGCAUAUAUGCCUGUCCUUGAGCACCAGCCAACCACAAGAGAGACUAUGGGACUGCCAGUGUUUCUUUGAAGAUGACUCUGUUCACUAUUAGAUGAAGAAUGUUGGUAAGGUCUAAUAUGAAGAUGUGAGAAGAAGUUAGAGGAUUCUUUUCCCCUUUCCAUGAUAAAGGGCGAUAGGGAAACAAUUAAGUCAUAUGUAUUAGGGAAAAAAUUUAAAAAAAAAGUUGUGAACUUGAUUUUGUAAAUUAAACAUGGCUGGAUUGAUUAAAAUGAAUUUAUUUAUUAA